AUGAUUGAGGAGAUGGAAGAGCCACCACGGACACCCAUGAGCUCUUCGGAAGACGGCGAAGGAUUGCAAAAUAACGACAAUACUGCGACAAAUAACGAUCUCUCGUUCUCAACAGCCAGUGGAUCUGCUCCACAUUCUUCUCGAUCGGCCGACGCCGGCCAUCGUAGCUUCACGCGACCUAGCGGUCCACCCCUGUCGGAGGGCGCUGACUUGUCCUCAUUUGACAUGCUGGGGUCGUUGGGCGUCGAGCGAGAUGGACUGGGCAUUAAAGGGUGUCUGUGUAUGCGCGACGAGGGCGUAACGUACCACCGCAUGAAGCGCUUCUACUGUCGUUGCGUUGGUGUUAAUUUCUUGCGAUUUGCAUUACGCGAUGCAGCGCCCUCAAUGAUCGCGGCGUUGUUUAGUGCCGAGGUGCAGAAGGUGGAGGCGUGGGACGGUAAGGGCCUCUGGCAUACAUAUCGUCACUCGUUCAAGCUGUCGUUCACGUCGGGUGAUGUGUUCAAUGUGGAUGCUGAUUCGGAGGAGGACAAGCGACAGUGGAUCGAGUACAUCCAGAUGGCGCUGAAAGGAACGACGGUUGCAGUGAAAAAAUGGACUGCACAUGUAUCUUCGUGUCCUGACAUCAUGACACUCACCCCUGGAGGUCUCACAUUUGCUGAGAAGAAACGCAAUCCUCCUCGGUUUAAAAAUGACAUGAAGUGCUGCCACCCCGGCUGCCAUGUACGAUUGGACAGUACUAGCAAGAGACAGCACCACUGUCGAAAUUGUGGUGGAUCCGUAUGCUCGGAUCAUAGCUCCCGGUUUGCGAUGCUUCGACAUUUCAACACGAAUUACGCUGUACGACUGUGCGUGGGGUGUUACCGCGUACAGAGCUUCGUGUUAUGGCUCAACAUGUUGCUACAACGUCUAAAUAUCGCACAAAUCGAGGAAAAUGGCGUAAACAAACCUGAUUUGUCCAAGGCCGACGAAGAUGAGGUGGAAGCAUUAAUUGCGAUAUUUGAAGACGGCGCUUUUGGUGUUUCCGAUGUGAUCCAGAUGCUUCAUUUGCAUCGUCACGGGUGUGACGAAGCGUAUGCAUAUGCGGUAAACAAGCUGCUGGAGCUUACAGCGUCGAACCUGGCAGAUUUCGAAUUUUUUCUCCCACAAAUAUUUCACCUGUGGCUAACAGUGGACUGGACAACUAACAACAUUAAAGCAGCGCUGUUGUUUCGAGUAUUGUGUUAUGCAACUCAAUUGCACAUCCGUUUUGCGAUGGCCAUCUACUGGUUAACUCGCGCAGCAAUCGACGAUAGCUGCGGCUGGGGUUUCGGUCAGUCCGAGCUGUAUGUGCCUGAUUUUCUGCACCGAAAAAUGAGCAUGUGUAAGUUAUUAAUGAUUAAUGUGGAGAUGCAGGUAUCGAAUGGUGACUGGUCUUUUGAGGCAGACAAGGAUCUACCAGCUUCGCCUGAGCAAACUGUCAUCAUUAAGUGCCUAUUCAGUCGCCUGCUAAUCCUUGUUCACUCAGAUGCAAAGACCACAAUCCCUUUGGGUGCAAUUUGCGAUGCCAUAGGUAGCUGUUCAAUUCCUCGGGACUUUCUACUCCCCAGCAGUACACUUCCAGAAGACCCUUGUUGGGGCGAUGGGGAGGAGCGUCGGGUGUUCACAACCCAAAUCCAUUUUAUCGAGGAGCUAUGUGCGAUGGCAGAAAGGCUGAGAUUUCGUCCCCCAAAUGAGCGAAAGAAGGCUUUAAAGCUGGAGCUUCAAAAGCUUGAGCCGCUGGAGGGUGCGUUCUGUCCACUAGGUUCGUGUGACAAUCCGCUGCAGCGGCUGCUUACGAUUGCAAAAGAUGAAGGCACAGUGUUUACGACAAAGGCUCGUGCACCGACAUUAAUUUUCUUCGAAGUUGCAAGACUGCAACCAGCUUGUGAAAAGAGUGCAUGGUUGGACGGUGGUCGAUCUGUCACCUUUAGCGCUCAAAACGAACAGACCUGUGACACCGAAGAGAAUAUUGACGUCGGUGGUACUAAAGAUCUGGCUCCUGCUUUAGAAGCUAAAGUUGCUAAAAAUGCUAUUGAAAUGGCUACAAGCAGUGAUAUUGCACGAGUGAUUGCGAUGGACACCUUUAUUGGUAAUGAUGAGCAAGAAAAUGACGACGGUAAUAGUCUGGGUGACGAUGAGUCGUCGGGCAGCGAUGAUAAAAAUAGCAAAAAGGAUGAGCAAAAAGACCGUGUUUCGUCGGAUCCUUUGCCGUCAUUGGCCGCCCUAGCUCGCGCUGUUGGCGGCAAGAAGAAGCGUAAUCGCCGUGACCGGUCAGGCUCGUUGAAAAACUCUACGACGAAAUCUUUGGAUUCUAUUAUCGCUUCCUGCGCUGACACAAUCAAGAUUCGACGAAAGCGCUCAAACAGUGAAGGUUCUGCGUUCGGCAGGUUUGAAAAAUUGCGAAACAACAAGCUGGGUUCUAAGCUGAGUGAGGUAGAAAAUUUUACAGAUGAUCAAUUGAUCUCCAUGGCUCAGAAUAUGGAGAUCAGUAUGUUGAAGUGCAAUUCAUCUAGUCAUGGUACUUUUACAGGUAAAGAAGUCGUGGAAUGGAUGACUAAGAACGAAAUUGUGUCGGACACAGCACAUGCACUCUGGCUAGGAAGUGAGCUACUCCGCUGUGGCGCGUUGGAGAAAACGGCGCUUUCAUCAAGCUCAAGCAGUGGUUUUGCCGCUAGUGACGAGACGUCUUAUCAACUGAAAAGCGAAUCGAGCACACUUUUUCAAUCUCCUGAGCGCCGCCACACACUGCAGUUUGACGCUCCUCCGAUUUCGAAGUGGUCGACUGAAGAACGAGCCUCAGAAUAUACUGACCAAGAGCGGCUGAUGACUCGCACGUCCUCGCGAAUUAUGUUAAAAUCUCCAGAAAUGAAGGUGGACAUUGCGGACAUGGCUGAUGCAUUCGAUGCAAACUUGAUCGGCUCACCUCCUGAAGGCGCGCCAAACUCCACCAUCAUAGCCUCAAGGCCAGUCAAGGAAUGCCCGACGAGCUCUACUGACGAUAGACGGUCUAUUGCGCUGAACGUCGAUGGUGACUCGCUUGUUUAUAAAUUUGAUCCUGAAGUAGCCAUGAGAGCAAUGAACUCAUUGGAGCAAACGAUGCAGCAAUACGUGUUACCGCAAGAUGUUGGAAAUACUGCCCAACUAAGCGAAGACCUCCACGUGCUACGGGAGCAGCUAAAUAUUGUGUAUGAUUAUGUUAUUGACAAACGGAAACGCUUUCACGUUGCGGUCGAGUCAGCAUUUGGGGAAAGUUUUGAACAAAAGAAGGAACGCCUACGCGAACAAUCCCACGUUGCGGUAUCGGAAUCGAAAGAUUGGGACUGCGUCGCGUUUAUUGUCAAAUCUAACGAUGACUUGCGGCAAGAGGUUCUAUGCUUGCAGAUUAUUCGUCAGCUGCAAGAUAUCUUCCAGGGUGCGGAUUUGCCUCUUCGCCUGUUGCCGUACGAGAUUAUUGCGACUUCAGCGUCAACUGGCAUGAUUGAGUAUGUCAAGAAUGCAGUGUCUCUCGACGCUUUGAAAAAGAGGGGCAACUACACAACCCUGGCAGACCACUUCUUGAGAACGUAUGGCCAGGUGGAUUCUGCGGGGUACAAGACAGCAAUGACGAACUUUGUGCGGAGCAUGGCUGCUUAUUCGUUGGCGUGCUACUUUUUGCAAAUUAAAGACCGUCACAAUGGCAAUAUCAUGAUCGAUAGCGAUGGUCACGUAAUCCAUAUCGACUUCGGUUUUAUACUUGGUAUCGCCCCUGGAGGGCGGUUCAGUUUGGAGACGGCCCCAUUUAAGCUGACAGGCGAAAUGGUUGACGCAAUGGGCGGCACUCAAUCGGACUACUUUAAGGCCUACGUCAUCUUUCUUAUACAAGGAUUCUUGGCUCUUCAGCAACAGGCAGAUAGUAUUUUGAUGAUGAUCGCGAUCAUGGCGCAGGAGUCGUCAUGCCCGUGCUUUUUGUCUCAAAAUCCGCGGGACAUCUUAAGCACCACCAAGCAACUUUUCCGCCUAGACUACAACCAAAGCCAAGUCAUUAGACAUGUGAUCAGUCUCGUCAGGCGCAGCCACAACAGCUAUCGUACUCGCCAGUACGACGUUUUCCAGCGAAUGACAAAUGGCAUCUUACCUUAA